GCAACCAUUUUCUGCAGAUGUUUUGAACCAAAAUCGGGCAAAAUCAAAACAUCUAAAUGUGAAAUAAAAUGUAUUAUUUUCUCAUGCAGUGGUUGGACAUUAUUUCGCUACUCCACAACGGUUUUUCUCUAAGUGUCUCGCCCAACGCGAUCCCCAGCCAUCAUGGACAGUCACAGUGAGGUAUCAGACCCGAACCCAGCCCCAUCAGACCCGAACCCAGCCCCAGCCCCAGCCCCAGCCCCAGCCCCUGGCCCUGGCCCUGGCCCAGCCCCUGGCAGACCUGUAGGACCCAUGAUGGAGGGGGAGAACGCACCUGUCUACUGUGUCUGUCGCAGACCUGAUAUCAACUGCUUCAUGAUUGGUUGUGACUGCUGUAAUGAGUGGUUUCAUGGUGACUGCAUCGGCAUAUCAGAGAAGGCAGCUAAAGUCAUCCGGGUGUGGUACUGUGAGAAAUGUCGUGCCAAAGACGGUACCCUGGAGAUAAAAUAUCGUCCCAAGAAGACCAAGGAGAAGACCGAGAAGGAGACAGGAGACCAGGAGAAGAUGGAGAAGGAGACAGGAGACCAGGAGAAGACCGAGAAGCAGCAUGACACUCCAGAUCUGAAGCUAGAACACCGUCGGGGCUCACGGGUGAAGCGUUCGGCCCGUAUGUGUGGAGAGUGUGAGCCGUGCAGGAGGACUGAGGACUGUGCUCAGUGUGAUUUCUGUAAAGACAUGAAGAAGUUUGGAGGACCCAAUAAGAUAAGACAGAAGUGCAGACUCAGGCAGUGUGACGUCCGAGCUCGGAAAAUGCUUCGUGUAAAGGAUGAGGAGUUUGCCCUUUCUGGUCGGGAGGGCAGAGGGAGUCUGAGAAGAGGAGGGCAUCUGUCUGAUGACUACAGUGAGAAUGAGAUGGAGCUCUACCAUCAGUACAAGGCUGCAGGCUACGAGGAUAACAAUAUGCCAUGGCAUAGUGAUGAUGAGGAGGUGACCUUUGACCCCGUGCAGCGGAAGAGGGCUGUGAAGGUCAAACACGUCAAGAGACGAGAGAAGAGAUGGGACAAGAAGGAGAAGAAAGAGAAAGAGGUGCGUCGUCACAAGCAGAAGCAGAAGCACCGUGAGCGGGGUGGCGGGGGCGGUGGCGAGCCCCGGGGGGACAGCGGUGGAGGAGGAGGAGUUGGGACGAGACAGUGUUUGGGACCAGGGUGUGUGGAGGUUUCCAGGGCCGGCUCCAAAUACUGCUCGGAGGACUGCGGCAUGAAACUGGCUACCAAUCGUAUCUAUGAGAUCUUGCCCCAGCGGAUACAGCAGUGGCAGCAGUCUCCCUGUAUAGCCGAGGAGCAGGGCAAGAAGCUGCUGGAGAGGAUCAGGAGAGACCAGCAGUCAGCCCGCCUGAGACUCACAGACAUGGAGAAACGCUUCCACGAGCUGGAGGGGAUCAUCGCCAAGGCCAAGCAACAGGCGGUGCAACAUGACGAAGAGGUGAAUGAGGGAGAAGGGGACGCAGAUACAGAUCUUCAGAUAUUCUGUGUGUCCUGCAGUCACCCCAUCAACCCCAAGGUGGCGCUAAGACACAUGGAGAGAUGCUAUGCUAAGUAUGAGAGCCAGACCUCCUUUGGGUCCAUGUAUCCCACGCGCAUCGAAGGUGCAACCAGACUGUUCUGUGACGUAUACAACCAGCAGAGUAAAACCUACUGCAAGAGACUGCAGGUGUUGUGUCCAGAACACUCCAGAGACCCCAAGGUUACCGUGGACGAGGUGUGUGGCUGUCCCCUGGUGAGAGACGUCUUCCAGCCCACAGGAGAGUACUGCCGGGUGUCGAAACGCAAGUGUAACAAACAUUACUGCUGGGAGAAACUGAGGAGGGCUGAGGUAGACCUGGAGAGAGUCCGAGUGUGGUACAAGCUGGAUGAGCUCUUUGAGCAGGAGAGGAACGUCCGGACGGCCAUGACCAAUAGAGCAGGUCUCCUCGCCCUCAUGCUGCAUCAGACCAUCCAGCACGACCCUGUUACCACCGACCUCCGCACCGCCAAGGAUAGGUAG